UCGACGAUGCAUGCUCUGAACCGGAAGAAGAGGAAGGGAUCGGUUUUCCUGCUGGAGGUGGCGUUGCAGAGUCAGAAUCAGACGAAGAAGAUCAGCACCAGCGCAAUGGGAAAGCACCUGCAAUCAGCUCCAGGUGCAGUGUUAAGAAGCUUCAUGAUUUGCUAGCAUCUUUUGACGAGGAAAAAAGACAAUAUGUCGUCGAGAUGGAUUUCGGGGGGCUGCUAGAGCUACCAAAGAUAACCAGGACAGAUAGGCAUUUGUUAAUGUCUAUCCUAGGUCAUGUAGACGAGGAAGCAAGUUGUAUCACGAUAGAUCACAAGCGCGACGUGCAGUUCUAUGACGAAGAUGUUCAUACUGUCCUUGGCAUACCGUGUGGAGCUGCGCCUGUUAGGGAUCCAGGGCAUCAUGUUUCGGAGGAGGUGCUCGCGCAGAUCAGAGCCAUGUUUGGUAUCGGACCGGGGGAGCACAACAUUUUGCCAAUUGUUGAAGCUGUGAAGAUGACAUACGGCUGCCGAAUGACUGCUCAGGAGAAGAACAAGUUCAAAGUGGGGCUGGUGAUAUGCGCAUGCACAUACCUCCUUGCUCCAACACUGAAGAACGACUACUUCUGCACCAAUUACUGGGGUGCAUUGGCCACACCUGACCUCAUAAAUAUGCACAACUGGUGCAGAUACACACGAGAAGAGCUGCUAGUUGCGGCUAAAAGGGUGAAGGCAGAUCUCUUAGGAGGGCGUCAGAAGUCAAACCUAUCUGGGUGCCUGCCUUUUAUUCAGGUCUUCUAUAUUGAUAACCUAGACGCUGCAGAGAACAACAUCGACCACACUGUACGGCCUAGGAUAAAAGCGUACAACUACGCCCUUAUGAAAACAAUCAUUCAGAAGGAUGUGAAGUCGCGCAAGGGAGAUUACCCUGUUGUGUACGGCAGGCUGCUGCCAAGGGCGGAAACAGAGGUAUGUUAGCAUAGGAACCCCAUAAACAGGAAACGGGCGGCGGGGACGUCAAUGGGUCCCGCCCCUUGGCGGACACUUGCAUCGAGCUGCAGUUCAGUAGACAUAAAGGAGGCAUCUUAUAUUGUGUUGGACAAAAUAUCAAAGUUUACAUCCAGGUGCAAAGAGGUCCUUCUUUCGACUGCAAGGAAGAAGGAAGAGGAAAAUCACCGCCAUUUCAAUGCACUAAAUACCCUGGAAAAUUCAGCUCAGCACACAAUCAAAAGGGAGGCAAAGAGAGUGAGAGAUGAGUUCUUCUCCUUCUUCUCAAUUAUCGAGAUGAGCACAAGGAGGAGUGAUACAAGUAAUGGUGGCAAGUCAACAGGAUGCCGUGGUGCAUCCCCUAUAACAGACACUGCUCCCCCGGCAGCUCGCGACUCUGCCACGACACCUCCAGGCAGCGGCAGACAUCAGCGGACCACUAACAUAUCACCGGAGGUCGUGGAGGUCUCUCCCCGACGCUUCAAGAAGACGGCCAAGAAACAAAAGAAAGUACGUUUAGAGUGUGAGGAGUCAGAUAUAAUGGAUAUCGCAGAUUCAGAAGAUAAUACAAACGUGGUCAGUUCACCACUUGAACCAAUUAAUUCUGCCGCCGCACUAGGAGGUUGUCAUGUUGAAGG